AUGAAGCUUCUCUAUUUGCUGUAUCUGCUCUGCCUGGCUGCUUGUGAUGCUUCCAGAGCCAGAGAUUGGGCUCAUCAUGGUGCUCCCAUGUUUGCAGACCUGACACCUCGUGAGAUGAAAGCCGUUCGGGCUUACCUACACGGAAUUACAGAAUUUGGACUCACUGAUGCCAGUAACGCAGCUCUCAAGAAAAAUAGCAUCCUGAUGAUGGAGCUACAAGUACCAAGAAAACAUGAAGCCUUGAGAGCGUUGGACCGCGGUCAGGCCAAACCCCCACGUCAGGCCCGUGUGGUCAUCCAGUUUGCAAACCAAACAAAGCCGAAUAUCACUGAGUUUAUAGUCGGACCUUUACCAUCUCCAAAGUCUCAUGAGGUGAAGAGGUUCAAAGGAGAUAGGCCUAUACCGUUUGAGUCUCGACCAAUGACUACAAUGGAGUACAGGCACCUCAAUCACAGCAUUGCUAAAAUCACAUCUAAAGCUCAUAAGCUGCUGUCUGAAACCACAGGAGGAUUUACAUUCACUAACUGCUCUGAUCGCUGUUUGUUUCUUAUCGACAUAGCCCCACGAGGGCUAGCGUCAGGUGAGAGGAGAAGCUGGAUAAUGUUGGUCAAGUUUGUAGAAGGAUAUUACAUCCAUCCAAUUGGAUUUGAGAUAUUGCUCAACCAUAAGGACUUGGAUCCAGAAAAAUGGGCUGUUGAGAAGGUGUGGUAUAACAGUAUGUUCUUUGAUAGUGUAGAGGAGUUAGUAGAAAAGUAUGAAUCCGGAGCUGUUCAGAAGGUCAGUCUACCCCGGCAUGAUGACAAUGAUCACUACUCCACUUACCUUCCACGAGGUCAAAGCAACACUCCCACUCAUAUCCACGGCGCAAAACUCGUCGAACCUCAAGGGCAUCGCUACCAUAUUGAUCACAACUUUGUUGAAUAUGCUGGAUGGUCGUUUGCCUAUAGAGUGCGCUCAUCAGCCGGACUUCAGGUCUUUGAUGUCCGUUUUAAUGGAGAAAGAAUUGCUUAUGAGAUCAGUCUGCAGGAAGCUAUUGCUUUCUAUGCCGGUGACACUCCUGCUGGCAUGCAAACCAAGUACAUUGAUGCUGGUUGGGGUAUGGGUACCUUAUCAUUUGAGCUAGCCCCUGGAAUCGACUGUCCAGAAAUUGCUACUUUUGUUGACCUUCACCAUUACUUUGACACCGACAAACCGGUGCGCUAUAGGAAUGCACUCUGUAUUUUCGAGAUGACCACAGCUUUGCCUUUGAGAAGACAUUUCAACGCAUUCAAGGGAAGUUAUAACUUCUAUGGAGGACUAGACAACACUGUGCUGGUUUUACGGACAACUUCAACUGUUUACAACUAUGAUUACAUCUGGGAUUUCGUCUUUUACCAAAAUGGGGUAAUGGAGGUAAAAGUCAGCGCCACAGGUUAUAUCCAUGCAACUUUCUUUACUCCGAAUGGACUUCAAUAUGGCCGUAAGGUGUACAAGUAUGUGCUGGGGAACCUGCAUACACAUCUUAUCAAUUACAAAGUUGACCUGGAUAUUGCCGGUCGAGAGAACAGCUUUCAGACUUUGGAUUUGAAAUAUGUAAACUUCACAAAUCCCUGGAGCCCGAAGAAUUUCAUCGUCCAAUCCAAACUGAACUGGACGGAACGCAAGACAGAGCGUUCCGCCGCCUUCCGCUAUGGCAAAAAGUUCCCCCGCUAUGUUCAUUUCUACAACCCUAAUGAGAAAAAUAAGUGGGGGCAUCAAAAGGGCUACCGUAUUCAGUUAAAUUCACAUGGCGACAGUGUCCUUCCAAGAGGUUGGCAAGAAGAAAACGGCAUCAGUUGGUCAAGAUAUCCUCUGGCUGUUACUCGUCAUAAAGACAGUGAGGCCACCAGCAGCAGUAUUUAUAACCAGAAUGACCCCUGGAAACCUGUUGUGUCAUUUGAAGACUACAUUCGCAAUGAUGAGGAUAUCGUCAACCAGGAUCUGGUUGCCUGGGUGACAGUGGGCUUCCUGCAUGUGCCUCACUCUGAAGACAUCCCCAACACGGCAACACCUGGGAACGCGGUGGGCUUCUUCCUCCGACCAUUCAACUUCUUUGAUGAAGACCCUUCGAUCGCAUCUAGAAGCACGGUCAUCGUCCGGCCCGACCCGGACGGAAAGCCCAAAGUCCAACGGUGGACACCAGAGGUUAUAGGUCAUUGUGUGACAGAUAAAAAAUUCUUUUACAAUGGCACUUAUGCAGGAGUGUAG